AUGUAUCGGCCAAACUCACGCUGGACGUGGUCGUUCGUUAUCAUAACUUGCAUCCAAGCUGCUAUUAUUCUUGGAUUUGAGUCAUACGUCUUUGCCCGUUUCCAGAGCGAACUCAGAGGCAACUACGGCACUGCGGCCACAUCACGAACAAUUCCAACAUUCCUAACCCUUUACAUCUUCGGCUUCGUAUACGAGCUCAUCCUAACCUACGAUGCCCUACGGUUGAAAAACACCAUCCAAGUCAUCGGGAUAUGUCUCUGCAAUGUCGGCCUGCUGAUAUACGGUGCUGUGCAAACGGACCAAAUCCGGGAAGCCAUCCUUGCCCUAAACAGGGGACACAAUAUCGACAAGAAAAUCUGGCCCGACGUGAAACCGUUUCUCGUUGCUAUACCUAUUAUCAUCGGCAUUGGGUCCGUGCUCAUGAUGUUCGUUGCUUGGAAGUUAUAUGAUGAAUUCGCCUGGACUAUAUAUAAACAUAUUAGCGCUGAUUUGCGGAUGAAGCGUCGGUAUCUAACAUACCAGAUCUACAUCGCCCUCCUGAAAUUUGAUUUCUUCUUUUUCCUCGGUUUCACAGUUCAAUUCGUAGUUAUCGUCACCGACAAAAAGGCCACAGAAUAUAUCCUCACAAUCAUCGCCAUCCCCUGCACAAUCCUAAUCCUCCUAAGCGCAGCCUGGUCCACCCGUCGCGAAAAUACCCCCGGAAUGAUUAUCACCAUUCUCCUCUAUCACGGCGGCCUAGCCUACUUCCUCUUCAAGCUUGUGCGCAUGUACACCCCUCCACGUAUGGACGCCUACAAAGCCGCCCGCACAUCCCUCACCUUCUUCACCGUCAUCACCAUCGCCCUCAUCAUCAUGACCAUCAUCAACGCCUGUAUCUGCACGAACAACUUCAACAAGGGCUUGAAACCGCACAUUUCUAGCCGCAAGGUUAAUAACGAUGAUGAGAAGCCGAAUACGACGGAGUUGUCGACGAAUAUGAAGGUUGGUGAGCUGUUGCCAGUGAGGAUGACGAUUGAUUAG